AGGUGAUGAAUAAGACACUGCCCAUUAUGAAGGACAUCAUCAAAGACAUGUUCCUCAAUCAAACACCAUUUGAUAUGAUAGAGACUUUUAGGAUUGCAGAUCUUGGAUGUGCUUCAGGGCCCAACACCCUUUUAUUCGUGUCCGAGAUUAUCGACACCGUCUACAAGCUGUCUAACCAGAAUAUCAAUAACAAAAUCCCAGAGAUAUUAGUCGUGUUGAACGAUCUACACAAAAAUGACUUCAAUAACAUAUUUAUUGUACUACCAUAUUUCUACGAGCAAUUAAAAGAAAAAUAUGGAUAUGAAUUUAGCCAAAAGUGUUUUAUCUCUGGUGUGCCAGCAUCUUUUUAUGGAAGGAUUUUUCCAAGAAAAAGUUUGCACUUUGUACACUCUUCUUAUAGCAUUCAUUGGAUCUCCCAGGUCCCAGAAAAUCUUGACAACAAAGGGCAUAUUUACAUGGAGAAAACGAGCCAUCCUAAUGUGUUCAAUGUAUACAAGAAACAAUUUUACAAGGACUUCUCAUCUUUCCUUACUCAUAGGUCACAUGAGAUUCUGCCUAAGGGUAGAAUGGUCCUUACUCUUAUUGGAAGAAACAUGCUUGAUCAUGAUCCAUCUGAAAAUGAUAUUUGGUGCAUUUAUGAACUAUUAGCCCAAUCACUUCUUGAUGCAGUUUCUCAGGGGCUUAUUAAACAAUCAGAGGUGGAUUCAUUUAAUUUGCCUGUCUACCAUCCUUAUAAAGAUGAAGUAAUGACAAUCAUUCAAGAGGAGAACUCUUUUGAUCUUGAAAAGUUACAAGAUUUUGAUUGUGACUGGGAUUCUGAUGAUAAAAACUAUGAUUGCAAUGACAAAUUAUAUAAAAAAGGAAGUGGAGAAUAUUUAACAAAUUGCAUCAGAUCGAUUACAGAGCCUAUGUUGGUGAGACAUUUCGGAGAGCUUGACUUGGAUUAUGUGUUCGAGAGAUACAAAGAACAUGCAGCUAAUAAUCUCGAAAUGAUUAAGACAAAUUAUAUCAAUCUCAUAAUUUGUCUAAGUAAGAAAUAAAAUGUAUGUUCCAUCUAUAUUUAUUUAU